AAAACUCUUGGGCAGCUUGCCAAACGCUCGUAUAGAGGCCAGACGCGAGGAAAACUCUGCUUAUCGAUUACGCACGUAACACAUUUACCACACAGCCGAGGAGCAAAAGGUUCAAGAAAUCCAUCGAGCCAAACAAUAUUUCUGCUGCCGAAUGAUAAUGGAGAUGAUAAUGAGGCUGUAACUGGGCGACGAGAGACCAGACCGAAAGGAAGUGCCAGUCAAGAGCGGAAAACCAGCAACCAGUGAGGCGAGGAAUCAGCAGAGGAGCACCCACGACCACCCAGCAGGCACCAUCCGAGUUCAAGGAACCAGCGAACAAUGAAUCCCUACACAGCGGGCGGCGGCGGAGGAGCCGGUGGCGGAGGUGCCAACCCCUUUGGAGCUCCUGCCGGUGGAGCAGGCUAUGGCCAGCAGGGUUACGCCUACGAGCAGCAGGCAACAGGUGGCUACGACCAGGGCAUGAACUUCGGCAAUCAGCAGCAGCAGCAGCAGGGAUACGGACCACCUGGAGCCAGACCACGGGUGGAUGUGGAGGCCAGUGGCGAGGUGGAUCCCAAUCUAUAUCCGGAGGCCAAGGAAUCAACGCACAAAGUACGCGGCCACUCGGACAUCCUGGAGAUGUUUUUCGGAGCCAGCACGGAGCGGGAGCUGAUUCCGGUGAAGAGCUUCUACUUCUUCUUCUAUGCCGCCUUCGGAUCGCUGUUUCCGCUGAUGGGCGUGUACUUCAAGCAGAUGGGCAUGAAUCCCGGCCAGUGUGGCAUCCUGGUGGGAAUGCGGCCCUUCGUGGAGUUCCUCUCGGCUCCCUUCUGGGGAUCCUAUGCGGAUCGCUGCAGGCAGGGAAAGAGGUUGCUUCUGGGUUCCCUGGCCUGCUGGGUUCUGUUCACCAUUCCGCUGAGCUUCAUCCGACCGGAGGCCAUCAACUGCAUUGAGAGGCGCAAUUCCACGGACUUCGUGCUGACCUACACGCGAACCAAGCGGGAUCUUUCGGCCAUGUACGAACCCCAUGAGCAAAUGGAUCUGGGCACUGGAACCAUGCCGGCGGACGAAGCUCUCGAAGAGGCGGAGGCAUCCCACAGCCGACACAAGAGGUCCUUGCUGCUGCCCAGGAUCGAUGCGGGAAUCUCCCCGGUCCACAUCAACUUCGUGAGCAACUACGACGACAAGUACCACAGGGAUUACGUGACGCCCAUCUUCAGCUCCAUGGUCUACAGGACUCCGGACAUCCAAAAGGCUUUCUUCCUUCUCCUCCUGGUGAUCCUGAUCGGCGAGUUCUUCAGCGCACCGGCGAUCACCUUGGCGGACUCGGCGGUGAUCACUCUGCUCGGCGAGGAUGCGGACAAGUAUGGCCACCAGCGGAUGUUCGGAUCGCUGGGCUGGGGCAUCUCGAUGUUCCUGGUGGGCAUCGCCCUGGACCACUCCACCUCGUUCUCCAAUCACCCCUGUGGAGCCGGGAACAAGGAGAAGAACUACAACAUCUGCUUCUCGAUCUUCUCGGUGCUGAUGACCUGUGCGAUCAUCUCGGCCUCGAAGAUCACCUUCAAGUACGAUCCCAUCGACGAGCAGCUGGCCGCGCAGCAGCAGCAGGCCCAGAUGUUUGAUCCCAACAAGCGGGCCGAGGAGGAGUCGAUGAACCAGCUGGCCGCUCAGCUGAACCUGCCAUCGCUGGCCGUUGGUAGCGGCAGUGCCGCCUCGGGUGCCUGUGCCGGUGGCGUCAGCAGCUUCCUGGCCGCUGGCCACCAGCCCCAGCCGCACAUUGGAGCCGAGUCGAAGGUGUUCGCCCAGACAGCCAAGGAGCUGCCCGAAUGGAUGACCGUGCUGACCCACUUCAAGGACCUGAAGACCGCCUCCUUUCUGUUCGUCGCCUGGUUCAUGGGCUUCGGCAUCGGUCUGAUCUUCACCUUUCUGUUCUGGCAUCUGCAGGACUACGGCGGCACUCCCACACUCUUCGGCGUGGCCUCGGUCAUCAACCAUGUGUCGGAGAUCUUCGCCUACUUCUUCAGCUUCCGGCUGAUCACCCAAAUCGGUCACGUGAAGGUCCUCUGCCUCGGACUCAUUGGCAAUGUGCUGCGCUUCCUGUACAUCUCGUAUCUGACCAAUCCGUGGAUGGUCCUGCCCUUCGAACUGAUGCAGGGCAUCACCCAUGCGGCCGUGUGGGCCGCCUCCUGUUCCUACAUCGCCCACAACACCCCCAAGCAUCUGAGGGCCUCCGCCCAGGGCGUCCUCCAGGGCAUCCACCACGGAUUGGGACGCGGCUGUGGCGCCAUCAUCGGCGGCAUGUUCGUCACCUACUACGGUACUACUACUACCUUCCGCUGGUACGGCAUCGCCUGCCUCUUCGUCCUCGGCUUCUUCAUCUUCGUCAACUUCUACCGCAAGGAGCAGGGCUUCAUCUCCGAGAUUCCAGUCACCGAGGAUCCGCAUCAGGUGGCUGAGGAGACCUCUCAUCUAGCUCCCCAUGGCGUUCCCAGCAAUCCGAUUCCACGCGCUCUGUCCAACUCGCGCCUCAAUGAGAUGAACCCGAAUGGAGGACCUUAUGGCACCUACCAGACCACUGGCGGUAACCUGGACAUUCCCGGGGCCAAUCCGCACAAUCCGUUCGCUCAGUAAGCGGGGUAAUCAUAAUCCCCGUAAUCGCCAUUCAGGCCAUCUUCAUACUCACAGAACUAAAAAAUGAAAGUAAACUAAAACGAACAAAGUAUAACCGCAAACAUAUCUUGGACAUUGGCCUGCAAUAUGAAUUGCAUAACUGCAUUGCUUUAUUUUGAUUUGUUGGGCAGUCAACAUACGAUCUACACAUAGCAUAGCAUAUACAUAUACACAAAUAUAUAUUUUAUAUAGGACCUGCCACAUAGCCAGCAUAAAGAUUCUGAUUAUGAGUUGGAUUGGUUACAAAGUCGAUAGAGAGAGUGGGGGAAAUCGAAACGAAUUUUCACAUAGCAGCUUAGCAAUAUACAUAGGGCAAUAUAUAUGUGUGUGUACGGAUAGGUGUAUAUAUAUAUAUUGUGCCGAUCUAUAAUAUUUAUAGGCCUUUUUAUAUUAGUUGCAUGGCGCCGGGCGAUCGGAAUUCGCGCGGCUUUAGUUUUGAGUUGAGAACAUGCAGAGUUUGUUGCCUGCUUUUGGGCGAUCACCAAGCAAAUCACUCAUACGCAUGGGUUACCCCUCGAAUCACACAUUACGUACCUAUACAAUAACAAAGAUAGUUGAAACACAAAAAUGGCAAAUGUGAAUGCGGGGCGUUCCAAGGCUACAGGACAUCGGGAAGCAGUGGUAGCUGCUUCGCUUAGCCGCAGUUGAUUAUGACUAUGAUGUUCACCGUACUAUUUUAUAGUAUUAAUUUAGAUUAUCCCUUGUCCUAUGGCUUUGAAACGCACCGUAUGGGUUUCCCAACCAGCUAGGGGCGUUUCUUGUAAAGAAAAACCAAAUAGUUCAUUUUCAAUUAGAAUACUUUUCAAUUUUAAUAAUUUUCGAAGAGGCUUACCCUGAAUUAAUAUUGUAUUUUCCUGAUUUAAAACAAUUCAAAAUGUUUAGAAAGUUUAAAAAGAUCUUGUCGUUUCCGAAAUUCUAUGCAAUAUUACAGAGCAACAAAAUUGAGAAAUUUAAAAUAAUAUGUAUUAUGAAAUAUAAAUGUAGUUGCAUUCAAACAAAAACUAAAUGAGAUAAACAAAAAUUAGAGAUGAGAACAAACAAAAAUAAAGCCCGAAACUUAAACCAAAGGAUAAACAAAUGUUGAAACGAAUGAUAUUAUGGAAAUCCGCCUCAUUGCAAUCAACUGUUGAAUAUUUUAAUUUUUACACAAAUAUACUAACAAAUGACAUAUUUUGACAUACCUAAGGAAGCAUAUAUUAAAUAGAAAUAUAUAAUAUACGUUUAUAUAGUAUAUUGAAGUUGACGCACCAAAGUGAAAAGGCAAACUAAACUAAACUGUAUCUGUACCUAAGAGAUAUUUUUCCUUAUUUCAGCUCGACGACGAUAAUGUAAGCGAACAAAGCAAAUCUCUCGCUCGAUAUAUACAUAAACAUUAAAUAUAAAAUACUGUAAACAUUAUUAUUAAAUACUGUUGAUAGCAAAUUUGAUUGGAUAUUUUCUAGUUAUAAUACGCUAGUUCUUGUGUACAGCACCGUAUUUCUUGGAAUUUCUUAUCGGGUAGACAAACCUUAGUAUUAUGCAUUCUGUACAACUGCACUCACAGUUAUGUUUGUUGAGCGGAUAUUUAAAGACAACUCUCUCUCUAUAUAUAUAUGUAUUGAAAAAGAAAACAUACUCAUAUACGGUAUACACUUAUAUAAGAAUGUACAAGUAUUAAACACAAUGCGCAUACAUAUGAUACAAAGGAUACAAUACCCAACCCAAAAACGAAAACCAAAAUGACAAAAUGACACGAGAAGCAGGCGGUAAACGCAAGAAAUCAUGUAAUUAUGUAUGUUUAAUAAAACGUUUAACUACCGAGUGAAGUCUAAAGACAAA